AUGGAUCCUGGAUACCCCAACCACUUCUCUUUGCCUCUCCUGCUGCUCCUGGUGCUUCCCGGGGCUUCUCAGCAGGCUCCCCACUCUCCCCAACCCGUGCAGAUACAGUGUCUGGAGUCCCAAAUGGUGGUCAGUGUCCAGAGAGAUCUGUUUGGCACUGGCAAGCUGGUCCAAGUGAUGGACCUCAGCCUGGGGCCAGGGGGCUGCCAGCCAGCAGCUUUGCAAGAAGAUGCCCAAGUAGUUACCUUUGAGGUUGGCCUCCAUGAGUGUGGCAGUGUCGUGCAGGUAACUCCAGAUGGGCUAAUAUACCGCACAAGCUUGUUCUACAACCCACACCCAGUUGGUAAUUUUACUAUCCUGAGGACUAAUCAGGCAGAAGUUCCCAUUGAGUGUCACUAUCCUAGGUGGGGCAAUGUGAGUAGCAGAGCUGUCCAGCCUACAUGGAUGCCCUUUAGGUCCACCAUAGCUUCUGAAGAAAAGCUUGGCUUUUCUCUCCGCCUGAUGAAUGAUGACUGGACGGCUGAGAGUACCUCAGCGGGGUUCCAACUGGGUGACACAGCCCACCUUCAGGCUGGUGUCCAUACAGGCAGCCACGUGGCCCUGAGGCUCUUCGUUGACCACUGCGUGGCCACACUGAGCCCGGAUAAGAACUCGGAGCCUCGUUAUGGUAUCAUUGAUCACCAUGGGUGCCUGGUAGAUGGUCUUUCCGACUCUUCUUCAGCCUUCAGAGCCCCUAGGCCUAGGCCGGAUACUCUCCAGUUCACAGUGGACAUGUUCCACUUUGUAAAUGACUCUCGGAAACUGAUCUAUAUCACAUGCCAUCUGAGAGUCACUGCUGCUGACCAAACCCCAGACCAAAUAAACAAGGCCUGUUCCUUCAAUAAGUCCACCAAGAGCUGGGUUCCAGUAGAAGGACCUCCUGACAUCUGUACAUGCUGCCAUACCAAAGACUGUGGGCAUCCAAUCCGGUCUAGGAGACUACUUCCAAUCUCUGCAAAGACCUGGCCGAGAACAGCUCCUCUCCAACAGCAGCGAGUGAGAGAAGCAGACAUCACCGUUGGGCCUGUGUUCUUGGCAAUGAAUGUCAGUCACCACACCCCACAGGAGCCCAACCCGGAUUUCAUGGAAAAGUACGCAGCCCUUAGCCUGGGCCUGUCUCUGAUUGAGGUCUUGGUUUUUACCUUAGUGAUCACGGUCCUGGUUCUCCUCUGUAGGAAGCACAACAGUGCCUCUUGA